AUGAAAUUGCGCGUGGUUAUCUUGUGCUCGUUGGUGGCGUGCGCGACGUCGCUCGCUGUUGAGCAUGGACCGCUGAUUUCUGCUUUGCAGCCUGCUCAAGCUGAAAAUUACCUUCACGAUUCUUCAGCGGUGGAUCAGUCAAGGCAGAAGAGAGGACUCGGUCUUAUCGGCGCAGGCGUCCUCGGUGCCGGAGUGUUGGGUGCUGGAGCACUUGGAGCUGGUAUAAUUGGCGCUAAAGCGCUCGGUGCUGGAUUUAUUGGCGGAGCUCUGGCGUCAAAAGCUUUCCACGGAAGAAGCUAUGGUGGUUACGGAGGCUACUAUGGUGGCCAUGGGUACUACGGUAACGGUUAUGGGUACGGUGGCUAUGGUGGCUAUGGCUACAGGACGUACUAUCCCACCACAUACUAUGUUUGGGGUUGA